AAUUUGGAGUAUCGAACAAUGGUAUAUUCGGCUAUCAUCAUCAAAAUGAAAAGCAUCGUUUCCAGCACUAUCAGUCUAAUAUGGGAAUGAGAACUCCAUAUUCUUCCACACAAGGAAAUAAAGAUGGAAAACAAAAUGAAAAUUACCGCUCCUUAUCUAUGACUGGUCAUGCUGGUUUUGAAAGUUUACCCGAUCAGCUGGUCAAUAGAUCCAUUCACCAGGGGUUCUGUUUUAACAUCCUCUGCAUUGGGGAAACUGGAAUUGGAAAGUCGACAUUGAUAGACACAUUGUUCAACACCAAUUUUGAUGACCGUGAAUCCUCACACUUUCACCCAAAUGUAAAACUUCAGGCUCAGACAUACGAACUGCAGGAAAGCAGCGUUCGGUUGAAACUGACAGUUGUGAAUACGGUGGGAUUCGGUGACCAGAUCAACAAAGGACAUAGCUAUCUGCCGAUAGUUGACUACAUAGAUGCACAGUUUGAGGCCUACCUGCAAGAAGAACUGAAGAUUAAGCGAUCUCUUUAUAACUACCACGAUACACGCAUCCAUGCCUGCCUUUACUUUCUUUCACCUACUGGCCAUUCUCUUAAGACACUUGAUCUCUUAACCAUGAAGGCUCUUGACAGCAAGGUCAAUAUUAUCCCAGUGAUUGCCAAAGCCGACACCAUUUCAAAAACGGAAUUGCAGAAGUUUAAGAUCAAGCUCAUGAGCGAAUUGGUUAACAAUGGAGUCCAGAUAUACCAGUUCCCAACGGAUGAUGAAACUAUUUCCAAAAUCAACUCCUCGAUGAAUGGACACUUGCCAUUUGCAGUUGUGGGCUGCAUGGAGGAGGUAAAAAUUGGAAAUAAAAUGGUGAAAGCACGUCAGUAUCCUUGGGGCAUCGUUCAAGUGGAAAAUGAAAACCAUUGUGACUUUGUAAAGCUCCGGGAAAUGCUCAUCUGCACCAAUAUGGAAGAUCUGCGAGAACAAACACACGCUCGGCAUUAUGAGCUCUACAGGCGCUGCAAACUGGAGGAGAUGGGCUUCAAAGACCUAGGUCCAGAGAACAAACCAGUCAGUCUCCAGGAAACCUACCAAGCCAAGAGACAUGAGUUCUUUGGUGAGCGACAGAGGAAGGAAGAGGAGAUGAAGCAGAUGUUUGUGCAGCGAGUAAAGGAGAAAGAAGCAAUACUGAAAGAAGCUGAAAGAGAGCUACAGGCCAAAUUUGAGCAUCUUAAGAGGCGCCACCAAGAAGAAAGAAUGAAGCUGGAGGAAAAAAGAAAACUUCUGGAAGACGAACUCCUUGCCUUUAGUAAAAAGAAAGCUGCCUCCGAAAUGCUUCAUGCCCAGAGUUUUACGUGCACUCCCAAUGCCAGUAUAAAGAAGGACAAAGACCGUAAGAAGGAUCCGGGCUUUCGAUUCGAACUCCUGUGCUUUGAUGUCAGAGCCUGUGAAAUGGUGGACAUUCACGGACAUAAAGAGGCAGAGAAAGAGAAGGUAGAGAGGGCCAGAGUCUCAUUUGGGGGCGGCCAGGAGUAGCAUUUGGAGGAAACUGUUCCGGCUUUAUGUAAUACACACGUUCCAGAUAUAUGUAGCAUCGAUGGUUAUUACUAGCAAGUUAUUAAAAAUUUAAGAGUAUGCUUUGAUUUUUUUUGUGGGGGGGAGUGCUAUUUUUCUCUGGUGCAUGGCCAUCUACUGCUGCCAAUUAUGGAAAAAUGCAUUCAGAGGUCAACACCGAUGUUGUAAGUUCCUGAUCUUAGCCUUUUCCGUUUUAAUGGAUGUUUCUUUAAAACCGUUGCUUUGAGUUGCUCUUCGAUCAUCUAAGGGCCUCAAGAAUUUACCGGCACUCCGAAGCUCAUCGUACCAAAGAGAAAUCGCCGUGCCAUUAAUACCCAGCCCUCAUUCACGGUUUGGUCGCUGAAUUAUAUUCCGUAUUCAAGAGACUGUGAACGAAAACGAUUCUGAAGACGGACGCGUUUCGUUGGCUGAACGCUCUAAAUGCCAUUUAAUGUCACGUCCGGAGCAUGAUUGGAAUUUCCUAAAUACCGGAAAAACAUUAAAUAUCUGAGUUUUUUACCUUGUAUUAGUAUCAUUAACAAUAUUUAAUGUAUUUUUAUCGAAGGUUUAUCCAACUAGGGGACAUAACCCAAGGCUUUUGUAAUAGAAGUAUAUCAAUCAUAGUUUGCUUUUGUGCUACUUGUAUUUUUUUACUAACUAGUAUCUCUGUAACUAAACAUAACAAGAUCGAAUCAAAAAGGAAAAAAGAAAUCGCACCAAUCUACGCAAGCCACGUUUGCUGGUGACUGUGUCCCCCUGGAAGCUGCCCAUGAUCAUUCCUUUGGGAGGCACCACCUCAAAUGUCGUCUGUAGCUCUUUCCGCCCCCGUCAAUCAGUCCUCCACAGGUAAACUUUAAAGCGCACCGAUGCCUUAGUAUUAUAGAAGUCUAGAAAACUUGAACCCAAGUCCUAAUUUUGGGCUUUUUCUACUUCGAAGUAUUCCAAUGAUUGAAUGAUUUCUAAUUCUCCUUAAAUAAGCGUUCCUCGGAGGAUGUAAUUUUCCCAUUAUUUUGUACUUGAAUAUUUUUGAAAUAAAGAUGACACUUAGCUCUUGAAUAAAAAUAUAUGUAUGUAUA